AUGUGUCCAGAGGCAGAGGACUCAGACACAGAACCUGAGACACCUCUUCCUCAAACAUUCAAGAAAGUAGGCAAAGCAGGCCCCACUACAAGAUCACACCAUGAAGCUGACAUUGAGGUAAUUCCUGAUUUCAUUCCAUCUGAUGAUUCUGCUUGUUUCCCUGGGGACUAUGACAUUAGUGAUUCAGAUGAUGAGUCAGGUCUACCACUGCCCUGUGGAAAGAAGAGUCAAGCCAAGAGGGCCAGGACUAGGAUCUGGUAUGAUGAGACCAAGCCAGAUGCUCAUGACCAACUUUGCUUGAGUAUGUGCUUCACUGAUGUGUAUCAGUUUAGAAGAGCACUUAGGAAUUUUCAUAUCAGAAUCCUUAGAAAUUUCCAGUACCAUAGGAACUGCAAGGAUAGGAUCAUUGUGCAUUGCAAAGAAAGGGACAAUGGGUGUCCUUUUUUCAUGACUGCAUCCACAAUUGCUCAUGAGAAGACAUUCUGCAUCAAGAAGAUGAAGUUGUUGCACACUUGUGGUGCACAUGGAGAAAAAACCAAAGUGACAGUUGACUGGAUGGCCAGAACAUGUGAGCAGCAACUGAGAGAUAAUCCAAGGGCUGGUGUUGAUGCAAUUUUAAAAAGAACAAAGACUAAGUAUGGGCUGGAAGUGCCAAAGACCAAGGCCUACAGGGCAAGGUCAUUGGCCAUUGAAGUGGUGGAAGGUGACAUGAAGGGACAAUACACAAGGUUUAGGGAUUAUCUUCAAGCUGUGCUUGAUACCAACCCUGGGAGCAGAUGCAUUGUGACUACCAGAGAGCUUGAGCUCCAUCCUAGCCCAAAUCCUAGGUUCCACUACAUGUUCUACUGUCUGAAUGCUUCAAAAGAAGGUUUCUUGAAUGGGUGUAGGCCCUUUAUAGGUUUAGAUGGUUGCUUUAUCAAGCUUUCUACUGGGCAACAGAUACUUGCUGCCACUGGUAGGGAUGGGAAUAACAACAUAUUCCCUAUUGCAAUUGGUAUUGUUGAUAAGGAGGACAAGGAAAGUUGGACUUGGUUUCUUAGCCAAUUAAGAGCUUGCAUUGGAGAGGGGAACAAGUGGGGCACAUACACAAUCAUCUCUGAUAGACAGAAGGGGCUGUUGAAUGCAAUUCAAGCUGUGUUCCCACACUCACCUCAAAGAUAUUGUCUUAGACAUAUCUAUGCAAAUUUCCAGUCAGCUGGCUUCAGGAGUGAGGAGUUGAAGAAGCAUAUGGACAAUGCUGCAUAUUCAUACACCAAGAAUGGUUUUGAGGUUGCAAUGAAUGAACUGAGAAAGGAGGAUGAAGAUGCUUGGAAGUGGCUUUGUGAUAUCCCUAAAGAGACUUGGGCAAGGCAUGCUAUGGAUCACACAUGCAAGACAGACCUAGUAGUUAACAAUCUUAGUGAAGUGUUUAACAAGAUGAUACUAGAUGUGAGGAACAA